AUGGCGGUCAAACUGACUAAUAUUAACUUGGGAGCCCUUGAAGAUGAAUUCAAAAAGUGGGUUUCGAGGAAAGGCGACGAAGACGUCGGUACACUUUCCAUUCUUGUCACUGGUAAGAGUGGCGUAGGGAAAUCUCGUCUCGUAAAUGCACUUGUCGGUAAAAAAGUGGCCAUCGAAGGUCCGGCGAAAACCCCGUGCACUGCAAACAUGAACUCGUAUCGUACACAAAUAAACGGUAUUGAAGUUGUUGUGUGGGACUCUCCAGGCCUACAGGAUGGUACAUGUGACGAAGAAAAGUAUCUUGAAGCCAUGGAGAAGCAGCUUCGUGAAGGCCUCGAUGUUAUGAUCUACUGUAUGAAGAUGGACGAUAAGCGCUUUCUUCCAACCGACGAGAAUGCCAUACACGCUCUUACCCGGAAGUUUGGAAAGGACUUGUGGAAAAAUACCGUGAUAGCCUUAACUUUUGCUAAUAACGUUAAAGAUCCCGAUGGAGGAGAUAAAAAGAAGUUCUUCAGACGUGACUUAGACUACUGGAAAGAAGUGAUAGUUAAAUUCUUUGGAGGCAUUCCGGAAUUCUGCCCAAACGAAACAUCAGACAUUCCUCUUGUCCCAGUGGGACUUGUCAGAAAAAUAAAGCUGCCCACCUGUGAUCACUGGCUUUCUGAGCUUUGGAUCAGUUGCUUUAAACGUGCAAAAGUUUCCUCCAGAAUCAACUUGUAUCGUAUCAGUGUUGGUCGAGUUCAAUACCAAGGUUCCGAGAACUUAAGGAUCGGUUGUGGUUUGGAAUAUGAUGCAAGCGACUUCGAUCCCGACAGAAGAAUUCCUUUAACAAUGGAACAACAGGAAGCCUUUUGGAAAGGUACAUGGGAAAGUUUUGUAGACUACUGCAUGAGAAUGAAGAAGUAUUAUCUUGUGGCUGGUUUAGGUUUUGCAAUUUUAGUCAGCCUAUUUAUCAAAAAGUAAUAACGUCUAUGUGAUAUACAUAUGUACUUCAUUGUUUUGAUGCCGAGUCCUCAGGGCUAGGUACAAAAAUCCGGUUUUCGAGUCUCGAGAGAUUUUCAGAAAUUUUAGGGAUUUUUAGAACAAUUAUGGAUUUUUGGACAGUAAUGUUUCGAAAAAUACAGCUGAUAGCAUAGAAAAAAAAAUUAAUGUGGUUCGCAGAAGCUUCUUCCACUGCUUUGUACGAUCUCCGGAAUCCAAUCAACAUAGGCUAAUGCAAGUUUUGAUUUGGCCAGUGAAAUCGGAACUGAUGUUAGCCAGUUUGCUAGGAAGCUAUAAUGCAAGUUUCCGGCGGCUUCCAAGUGGUGCUUCGCCAGGUACUUUUGUAAUAGCAGUGGUUGUCAUAUGCAUGUUUUUGGCCUCGGUUUUGCCGAGUGAAAUGUCUUAAUUGUUGUUAGGAGACAAACCUCUUACAUUGUUAAAUGACCAUUUUGAAUCAGUUUGAAGGUACUUCCAUGCAAUUCCACCAAAGGAAUGUCGUAUUUUAUGGAAAUUAUGUCAUUAAAAAAAAAUCACUUAAAAUGGGAAUUUUGGAGAAUUUCUGGAUAGAUUGAAAGGUCAUUUUUAUGGAUUUUGGUAUCUAGGCCUACGAGUCUUACGCUGAACAACUCAGGGGAGGUACUUGGUUGCCCAAGAAGCACCUCCUUUUGAAAGAUAAUUUUAUCUGAAAGGAAACCUCCACUGGCAAAAUAAACUCUCAUUAUAUUAAGACAAAUAAUCUUUGAAGUUACAUUUUUGUCCAAAAAAAGGAUUGAAGUACUUCAUAGUGUGAGAAAAAUUCUAACAUAUUUUCAAACUGGAAUUCUUUGUGUGUUGCCAUGUUGAAUCAUGUAAGGUGUUACAGUGAACAUUAUUAUCUGCAUGGUCUCCUUGGGACUCCUGUGCACAAAGUAGCAUUGUAUUGUCUGUGAUAAUAAUGGCAAAUGUGUGACAUCAUUCAGGGCUCCAAGCUGCGACCAUACUGGUUGUCAUGGCAAGUGACAAAUACAUUUGGUAACUAAAAUUUUGACAAGAGCCACCAAUUGGCAACCAACAGAAUUAGGAAAAAAAGUAAAAGAAAAAUGUUAAACAUUUACUGAUACUUGGUCAAAUUAUCAAAUGAACAAAUGCUGGUAAUGCUCCUGUCUUUCUCUUCUCUCCCAAAUAUGUGUAAACCUUAAAUGAGUGGUUAUCAAGUUGAACAGAUUUUGUUGAGAUAAACUUCAAUUGAUAUUAUUAUAUUAAAGCCAGAUUUAUCUACCCAUAGCUUUUAUUUCAAAGUGUGCUGAUUACAAAUAUAGACCAAUACCACCAUCAUUACUUGGGCAUGCUGUGAACACCGAUCUCCAAGACCUUGGACAAAUAGAAAUCAGUGACUGUGCCAAGUCUUUCCCUGUUGUUCACAAAGAUAGUUAU